AUGGCCUCCGACGGCCCCGACCCCCAGAGCCUAAAGUCAUGGCACGAUGCGUUCCAGUAUCCGAUUCCGACCGUGCGCCGCGUGGAGCAGGAACUGCGCCGAGAUAUCGCAAGCAAUAAGGAGAAACUCCGGUCACUCGUGGGGACGAGGUACCGAGAACUGGUCGGCACGGCCGAAAUGAUCGUUUCUAUGAACCGUGAGAUGCAGGAUGUGGAUACCACGUUGGGUGAUAUCGGACGACGAUGCAAUCCGCGAUUGAUGGAGAAGAAGUACACCCACUACAAUCAGAUCAAAGGCGAUGUCGAUGAGAAAGAUGCGGAGAAACGAACACUUGGGGCCCAGCUAGCUCUACUCCAUCGCUGCACGACAUCUAUCUCUCGACUCCUACGACGGCGCGGAUCCCUCUUGUUGGUGGCGAAACUUAUGGUCGUGUCUCGCCUUCUGUUCAACACCCUAUCCAAACAGACGACCGUGCCACCGUUUGUCGAAAGCCUGCGCAAGCAGCUGGCCUCCCUUCGGAAUGCGCUUUUGGCAAGAAUCGACAAACGGCUCUCCGCAUCCGCAUCAACAGCGGACGAUAUAAUCGAGGCCUUAGCCGCCCAUUGCCUAGCUUCGAGCGUCUCUUCCGACGGUGCCAUACAACAUUUCCAUAAACUUCGUCUUGGCGUCAUUGAAACUAAGUUGAAGGCCAACGACACCACAGGAGAGAACAUCCUGAACGCCUUGCGACUAUACAUCCGGACCCUACAGUCUACCAAAAUUCUGCUGUCUCGCCGGCUAUCGGAUGUGUUGAGCAAACUGAAAUUGCGACCUCUCCUCGCCGAUCCCGACGUUCGCAGUUUAGACGAUCUGGGACUUGAUGUCCUGGGUCGCUGGGUUGCCGCCGACGUCAGCAAUUUCACACCAUGGAUCAAAUUGAGCGAGCUGUCUAAAUCGGAGGCCGACAAAGCUAUCAAACAAUGGUCGAGGCAGGCAUUUGAUAAGUUUGUGGAGGGAUGUCAAACGAGUCUUGGGAGGUGGGUGGACUUCUCGGAAUUGCUCUCCCUUCGCCAGCAGACAAUCGAGCUGUGGCUGUGUUCCUGGAGCUCGACGCCGACACACUCUCCUUUGCGGGUUCUGGAAGGACUCCGGACCACCUUUAAUGCAAAACUCACGCAAAUCCUUUCAGAUGAGGCCAAGUCAUUGGAUCGUUUUGGUCUUGAUGUUGCGUCUGCUGUAUCGAGCUGGGACAAGAGAGACCAUCCAGCCGGCCGGUCACUGUGGGAUCAUGAGCUGAUGUCUCUUGAUUAUUCAAAUGGUGCGGGUGCUUUCAAACAGGCAAUUGUGGACAGCUUGCUCGGGCGAGAUGAAGAUACUUCUGCUGCGCUAAAGAAGUACUCGGCAUGGUUAUCGACCAUCGAGAAAUUUAGAGUUGAUAUCGAUGAGCUGCGUCGAAUAAGGUGGACAGAUGUUCUGGAAGAAGGAGAAGAUGAGGGCUCCGAUGUCGACAUCCCGGCUACCUUGAACGAAGAUGAUACCCGACUAUUAGGGGAUGCUCUUCAGUCGGCUGUCAACACGGCCUGUCAAUCCCUUCAGACUUCGUUCAAGGAAACCUUCGAUACAUUCCGCGAGUCGGGUCAAAGCGGACAGGCUGCCUUUAUGCUCAAGGUCAUCCGGUUGGUAAGGCGAGACCUACCAACUGCUUUUGUCGGCGAGGACUUUGUGUUCUCCAAGGAUAUUGUUCCGCAGCUGCAAAAGCUAUUAGCUACUGAGGUCACCACGCAAAUCGCCACCACACGCUUCCUGAUCAAGGUUGGCGUUGCAGGACAACGAGUACCCGGCCGAACUCUCUGGGAAGGUGAUCCUGAAUUGCCAGUACAACCGUCUCCUGCGACAUUCAAGUUCCUGCGCCGUCUGGUAGGACAAAUGGACAACUAUGGACCUGGACUCUGGGAUGUUUCUACUGUCCGAGCUCUCAAAGAAUCACUGCAAGACGAAGUAGCGCGGUCUGCCACUGCAGCAAUGGAGUCCACGAGGUCUUUGAAUCCAGCAGAGGACAAGGAUAGCUCGUCCGAGAAGACAACCUCAGAACACACUGCAGAUGGCACUCCGGACUCCGCAGACACUCCUACAGCUGCGAAGACUCUCAAGGACCGAAAGUUCCAGCUUUACUUUGAUGCUGUCUACUUGAAGAACGCGCUCGCUGUGAAGGACGUGAAGCAUGCAGCACUCGAUCGUGCAGUUGAACAGGUCGCUGGCGGCCUUGACUCCGAUGAGAGUUGCACAACCAUCAUGGAACGGAGAGCUCGAGAGUAUUGGACCCGGACGCAGUUAUUAUUUGGCUUGCUGUCGGAGUGA